AUGAUUCAAAUUUCUGGAGCCAUUACAACAGCUGAUAUGUGGAAGCAGCUGAAGACAACUGCAGAUGAAUCUACUGAUAUUGUAGAGCAUAACCAAUUUAUGACUGCAUACCUUGGUUCUACAGAGAAUAAUCCAACUGUAACAUCUCAUGAAUUUAUAGCCAUUAUUUUAGAGGAAAACAGAUGUCAAUUGGAGAAGGCAGGAGGCAAGGAGAGUGCACUAUAUGGCCAUAAGAGGAAAAUUCCAUGGAAAAUGAAGAUUCUUGCUGAAAUUGCAAGAAACCUGAACAUCAAGCAAAGGAUUGCUGGUACAAAAGUGGCAGAACUGAAGAGAAAGGUUCAGGCAAACAAGAAGAAAGAAAGACUUCACACUCUUGAUGGAAUUCUCAAUCAGUGGGAUAGGAAAUCAGCCAAAUUCUUCAAUAGAGAAGUAACAUUCCUUUAUAACAGUGGUGCAGUGCUAGCAAAGAGAAAGAAUCAUCUUCAAUAUGAGCAUCUUGGAAAGAAGGGAUUAAAGCAACUAGAGAAGGAUGGUAUCAUUUCAGUUGACUAA